UUCAAAUUUUAGACCUUGCACUUUAAUUAUAAAUUUAAUGACAAGAAAAAAUUGAUAUCAUUUCGAAGUUCAUUUUUGAAAGGAAGAAAUUGCGAAUUGGAAUAUUAAAAAUUUAUUAAUAAGAAUUUGAGUGCUGGAUUUCAGAUUUCACUCGAUUCUCAUAAGCAUUUUCAUAGUCUAAUAGGUUUAUAAAAAUAGAUUAGAAACCUAUAAAUUUGCGGUGUUUAUAACGUUAACAAAAAGAGUCUUGCAGUUAGUUUAAUUUAGAAGUAUAGCAAAAUGUUAGAAUUUCGAAUGGCUAGUAGGAUACCUUUCAGUAACAAGGAUUAUCCUUUCGGAUUUGCAGUGAAAUUGAACAUUUGACAUAUUUGUUGACUUUUAUUUAAUCAACAUAAAUAUAUCAAAAAAUAUAAAUAAUCAAUAUAUAUAUUAUUAUCUAUUUUAUUUUAAAUUGUGAUGUCAGAUAAUCUUUAGGUGAAAUAGAGAAGAAGAAAUUCACCUUAAGAAGGUGACUAGGACAUUGCUUAAAGAUACGAAAAUAAAUAUAAUAAAAUUCAAAGAAAUGAUUUGUAAGCGUAUGUUUAAUAGCCUAAAAUCAAACGUAAUAGGGAUGAUCAAAUAGAAGAUCCUUAAGAAGAUGAUGAUGAGAAUUAAUCUGAUAAGUUUGGUGGCUUCGUUUUCACAAAAACCAAAAACGAACCCAAAAAGUAGUACAUCUAUGAGCCUAAAAAACAAUAGCCCCCUUAGCAAUAAAAGAAAGAAUAUCAACCAAAAAAGGAUUAACAACCCAAGAAGAAACCUGAAAAGAAAGGGAAUAAGUACUAACCAUAAUUUCAAUAAUAAAAAGAAAUAUCUAUUUAAUAAUUAGGCGAGUUAGAAAAACUACAAUAGCAUCUGAUAAAUUGUGGCAUUUCUAUCACUUAAAAUUAAGAGAACUAUGAUUCUGAAUUGGUUUUGCCUCCUGAUUUUAAUAAGCCAUUAUCUAUCCCUAAUUAGCCAAUGGUAGCACCUCCACCAGGCUUAAUAGAUAAAGACAAGUCUUCUGAUUUCGUGGAUAUCUUAAAUUAAUUGUAAGAUAAUGACUCUGAUGGCUAAAUGAAUUAUGAUCAGCAUUUUUCAUCCUCAGUUCUUACUAGAGGAGCCUUUCCUAUUUAGAACUAACCAUUAAAUUAAUUUAAUAAUUAAAAAUUACUCCCUAACAAUAAUCAAAAUUUUCCAAAUAACUCAAAUGAUUAGAAAAACAAAGAAAAAAAGAAGAAAAAUAAGAAGAAAAAGCCCAAAAGCAAUAAAAAUUAACAAGACAUGGCCAUGAUAAACAAUUAAAAUGACUUUAUGAACUAAAAUUCUGCUGAAAUCUUUGAUCCUUUCAAAGUUGCACCAUUUUCAUUUCCAUAAUAAUAAAUGGGUCGAAACAAUUUACCGGAUCCUCUCAAUAUUUCAGGCCCAACCUUUACAGCCCCAUUAGGAUUUGCCCCACCUGGGAUGAUGGGUUUGGGUCCUCAAAUUGCACCAUUCAAUUCAAAUCUCUUAGGAGCCCCAUAAUCUCUUGGAUUUCCUCCUGGUCCUACCUUGGGAAUGGAACCUUUAGAACCUACUUUCCCCAUGGGACCUAAUAUUGGAUCUAUGAGAAUGAAUCAAAUGAUGCCUCCUAAAUUCAAUCAAAUGCCUAAUAUGCCUAAUAUGGCUCAAAUGCCUAACAUGCCACAAAUGCCUAACAUGCCUAACAUGCAUUAAAUGCCUAUGCCCAUUUAAAUGGCUCCUCCUCCUUCAAUGAAAAAGUAAUCUCAUAAAAAUCAUAUGAUGAUGCAACCUCCUCCAAAUUAAUUUGAUGGUCAAGUAUAUUGUCCUCCUAUGAUGCCUCCACCUAUGGGAAAUCAUUUUUCAGACUUUCCUCCAACAAUGCCUAUGGGAUAGUAAUUCCCUCCAAAUUUAAUGAACUCUGGUCCAAUUUUGGGAAUGCCUCCUAUGAUGCAAUAUGAUGAUGAUUUUGAUUAGAAUUGGAUGCAAAAUGAUGGAAUGCUUUAAAUGCCAACUCCCAUUUAAGUGUUUUCUAAUCAAAAUUUCCCUAAUCUAUCAUAAGUCUAGCAUCCAGAUUCAUAUUUAUAAGAACCUGAAAAAUUCAUUCCUUAAACAAAAAAGAUGAAUGAAAUGAAAAAUGGAAAUGAUAUCAAUUUUGAUCAAUUCAAUUAACCGUUUCAAAAUAAUGAUGGAUAACCAAGAUAACGAAAAAAAUUAAAUUUGAAUUCUAAACCAUUUUAUCCAGCAAACCCUUGACUGUAAGAAUCCCCAUUGUUUAAUAAUUAUAUAUAAAUUAAUAUUAUUAAACCCAAUCAAUUCAGAAA